UCUUCAGGAACAACAACGCGGCUACUCUUCAACCACCUCGGUAGCUUGCUAGCCAACAAAAAACUGAAAGAUUGACGCUUUAGACCAUGUUAAUGCACAUUAGCUAAUCUCAGUGUUGUAAACGCAGUUCAGUUGACGUAUCAACUAGUUAACUUUAACCUAAUUUGCUUGUUCAAUUUGCAAAGUUGUUAAACAUUGAUACUGAGCCUAGCACUAGGCUAGUCGCUAAUUCUAACAUCCCAGACCAUGAGCUCACUAAACUACUCAUCCCCGGUUAAAGAAGAGGUCUGCUGUGUGCAGAAAGAAGCUCUGAGGCUGAACAUUGUCGUGAAAGAAGAAGAGGAUGUUAUAGAGGAAACAGAGGAAGAACCUUUUAGAGAGGAAGAUGAUGCUAUCUCAGUAGAGGUGAAGAAGGAAGACGUUUUGAGAGUGAAAGAGGAGGAGACAGAAUAUCAGAUUAACACCAAAAUUGACCAGGAGAGUGACACAGAAGGAAUGGAUGAGGACUCUGUGAGUGACCACAGUUAUGAUUCCAGCGCGGAAGAAAUGUUUUUGGAAGGGAAAGAUCCACUUUUAGAUCAUGGCACUGAUUCCGACUGGGAGCCCCCAGCGCCAACUUGUUCAUCCAGCUGGACCCCUGCUGUCUCUGGGCCAUCUACAGGUGUGAAGGCACCGACAAAGAAGCGGAAGAGGGGAAGUGUGCCACCUGCUAACAAAGGGACAGAAGGGCGUUGGCACACUGUCCUAGAAGAUGAUGUGGAGCCACCCCAACCAACUUUUCGGCCGAAAAGGAAGCCAGGACCUCAGGUGAACUCGACCACAACUUACAGCCCCCUUCAGCUUUUUCAGUUGUUUUUCACACAAUCCGUUGUAGAUUCGCUCGUGUCUAACACGAAUAAGUAUGGGAAGAAGAAGCAGGCAGGAAAAAAGGUAGCAUGGAAGCCCAUAUCCAUGUCAGACUUUUUCUGCUACCUUUCACUGGUCAUCUACAUGGGGAUGGUGAAGCUGAAAAGCCUGACGGACUACUGGAAAACGUCAUCACUCUACCAACUGCCUUUCCCCAUGACUGUUAUGUCCUGCAAAAGGUUUCUGGUUCUUUCACAGGCGCUUCAUAUCAGUGACCCAAAGGUUGAUGAAGCGAAUGACAAGAAGAGAGGCACAGCAACGUUUGAUAGACUGUGCAAAAUCAAACCUCUCUACUCCAGCAUUGCUGAGGCCUGCAAGAUGUACUUUCAGCCAGCCCAGAACGUGUCAAUCGAUGAGAGGAUGGUAGCCUCAAAGGCCAGAAUUGGCCUCAAACAAUACAUGCGAAACAAACCAACCAAGUGGGGUUACAAGCUGUUUGUGUUGGCUGAUUCUGUGUGUGCCUACACAUGCAAUUUUUUUGUCUUUGAGGGGAAGAACAGUUUUGCUACCGGUAAGGGACUUGGCUAUGACUCUGUAAUGGAGUUAUUGGAUUUUCAACUGCUAGGGAAGGGCUACAAACUGUUUGUGGAUAACUUCUACACAAGCCCUACCCUGUUUGCAGACCUUAGGAAGCGGGAAGUGUGGGCUUGUGGCACCAUUCGUACCAACAGGGUGGGCUUUCCGAAGACGAAGGUGAACGACAUGCCUGAGCGGGCUGAGCGGGGGACCAUGCGAUGGGUCCGUGAAGAUGGCCUGCUUUUUGUAAAGUGGAUGGAUACCAGAGAGGUGGUGAUGUGCACAACAAUCCACAAGUCCUUCAGUGGGGAUCAUGUGGUCAGGCGUGUGAAGGAUGGUGCCGGGGUAUGGACCACCAAAAAUGUCCCCAUUCCAACUGCAGUAAAGGACUACAACAAGAGCAUGGGAGGUGUGGACCUAUCAGAUGCGCUGAUAGGCUAUUACAAUGUUCUGCAUAAGACAAUGAAAUGGUACAAGACCUUCUAUCAUUUCGUCGACAUUGCUGUGGUGAAUGCAUUCAUCCUACACAAAGAAAUGGCUAAGAGCUGUGGAAAGCCCUUCCUCUCACAGAAAGCCUUCAGAGAGCAGCUCAUCAAGGAGCUUGCUGGCUACAGCACCACUGCACCAUGCCCUGUCCCUUCUGCUCCUGCCACAAGUGUUCAUCUGCCCAAAUAUAUUUGUGCAGGCAUGGAUGUGCCUAAGGGCCAAAAGGGCACAGCAUGGAGGCGUUGCUGUGUUGUUUGCAAGAUGAAGUCCCCCAUCACCUGCACCACAUGCUCGUGACCCUCUGCUUUACAUCAGAAAGAGACUGCUAUGGCAUCUGGCAUCAGCAGCAGAAUAUUGUGUAGAGCUUUGGCAAAGUGGGUGUGGUUAUAUCCUUCCUGUUUGGCCCUGUCCGGGGGUCUCAUCGGAUGGGGCCACAGUGUUUCCUGACCCCUCCAGUAUUUAUGCUGCAGUAGUUUUCUAUUAACAGUGUGAUUUAGAGCAAAAAGCAGAAACAGGGACAAAUCAGAAACCUGGAAAACCUAAACGGAGAAAAUGGAAUUGGGUAAAAAAAUAAAAAAAAUAAUUGAUAGAGAUGUUAUAGAGCCCUAAAUAAUGUAUAAAUGUUCUCUUAUUACUGGAUUAUCGAGGGAUAGUGUAGAGUAACAGCUGUGUCCUUUAACCUCCCUGCUCCUCAAUACUUAUUCCACUGGAUCAAAGCUUCAGCCAAGUAGGAUACAUGAUAGUGGCAACACAUGGAGUUGGGUUGGAUAUAGUCAUGGUAGGAUACAUGAUAGUGGCAACACAUGGAGUAGGGUUGGAUAUAGUAAUGGUAGGAUACAUGAUAGUGGCAACACAUGGAGUUGGGUUGGAUAUAGUCAUGGUAGGAUACAUGAUAGUGGCAACACAUGGAGUAGGGUUGGAUAUAGUCAUGGUAGGAUACAUGAUAGU